UGCCGCGGCUCUGUCGCGCCGCGGACGUCACUGCCGGCGGCGCGGAGGCGAGCGGCGCGGCGAGGCUGGGCCCGGGGCGGCGAGGAGCUCGGUGCUGAGCUGAGCUGGCAGCACCAUGUCGUCGGACUCCAGCAAGAAGAGGAAGCCCAAAGUGAUCCGGACAGACGGCGGCCCGCAGGAGGGCAAGCGGGGCAAGGGCGAUGCCGACCAGGACAUUAGGUACUACAGUGAGGAGUGUGAGGUGGAUCUCCGUGACCCCAUCAAAGACUACGAACUCUACAGGGAGACUUGCCAGGAGCUGCAGAGGCUGAUGGCAGAAAUCCAGGAGCUGAAGAGCAGAGGCAUCAAGGACAACGCUGCUGAGAUAGAUGAGCGGCGGGUCCAGAGCUGUGUCCACUUCAUGACCCUGAAGAAGCUGAACCGCCUGGCUCACAUCCGCCUCAAGAAGGGCAGAGACCAGACCCACGAGGCAAAGCAGAAGGUGGAUGCCUAUCACCUGCAGCUCCAAAACUUGCUCUACGAGGUGAUGCACCUGCAGAAAGAGAUCACCAAGUGCCUGGAGUUCAAGUCCAAACACGAGGAGAUUGAGCUGGUGAGCCUGGAGGAGUUCUACAAGGAGGCCCCCCCUGAGAUCAGCCGCCCUGCCAUCACCCUGGCUGAGCCCCACCAGCAGACCCUGGCCCGCCUGGACUGGGAGCUGGAGCAGCGCAAGAGGCUGGCAGAGAAGUACAAGGAGUGCCUGACCAGCAAGGAGAAGAUCCUGAAGGAGAUCGAGGUGAAGAAGGAGUACCUGAGCAGCCUCCAGCCUCGUCUCAACAGCAUCAUGCAGGCCUCUCUGCCUGUGCAGGAGUAUCUCUUCAUGCCCUUUGACCAGGCCCACAAGCAGUACGAGACCGCCCGGCACCUGCCGCCGCCUCUCUACGUUCUCUUCGUCCAAGCCAGCGCCUACGGCCAGGCCUGCGACAAGAAGCUGGUGGUGGCCAUUGAGGGUAGUGUAGAGGAAGCCAAAGCCCUGUACAAGCCUCCUGAGGACUCACAGGAUGACGAAAGCGAUUCGGACGUGGAGGAGGAGCAGACCACGAAGCGGCGCAGGCCCACCCUGGGCGUGCAGCUGGACGACAAGCGCAAGGAGAUGCUGAAAAGACAUCCCCUGUCCGUCACCAUCGACCUCAAGUGCAAGGAUGAGAGUGUGCUUCACCUCACCUUCUACUACCUGAUGAACCUCAACGUCAUGACAGUGAAAGCCAAGGUCACCACUGCCGGGGAGCUGAGCACAGCCAUCAGUGCUGGUGACCUGCUCUCCCCAGACUCCGUCCUCAACUGCCUCUACCCAGGAGACCACGGGAGGAAGACUCCCAACCCAGCCAACCAGUUCCAGUUUGAUAAAGUGGGCAUCCUGACCUUGAGUGACUACGUGGCAGAGCUGGGCCACCCUUACGUGUGGGUGCAGAAGCUGGGUGGCCUGCACUUCCCCAAGGACCAGCCCCAGCACACAGUCACUGCAGACAACUCCCUGAGUGCCAGCCACAUGGAGCUGACAGUGAAGCUGCUGCGCUCCAGGCUGCAGUCUCGCCUGGCUCUCCACAAGCAGUUUGCUUCCCUGGAGCACGGCGUUGUGCCAGUCUCCAGCGAGUGCCAGCAUCUCUUCCCCACCAAGGUUGUGUCGCGCCUGGUGAAGUGGGCAGCGAUUCCCUACGAGGACUACGCGGAGCUGCCCUACACCAAGGACGUGAUAGAGGCUGGCUUGGCUGAAGACACUCACCUCUACUACAUGGCCUUGAUAGAAAGAGGAACAGCCAAGCUGCAGGCUGCCGUGGUGCUGAACCCAGGCUACUCCACCCUGCCACCUGUCUUCAGCCUGUGCCUGUCCUGGAAGGGAGAGCGAACCAGCAGCAACGACGACAACAUUCGCGCCAUGGAGAGUGAGGUCAACGUGGACUACAAGGAGCUCUGGGGUCCCAAACCUGGCUACCAGCUGCUCACCAACCAGCUCCAGAGGCUGUGCAUGGUGCUGGAUGUCUACCUGGAGACAGAGCCUCACGACCCCAGCGUGGAGGGGCCCAAGGAGUUCCCCCAGGAGAAGAUGUGUCUGCGCCUGGUCAGGGGUCCCAUGCGCCUGAAGCCCUUCAAGUUCAACUACCCUCAAGGCUUCUUCAGCCAUCGCUGAGCACCUCUGGGCCUCAUCCUGUCCGUGGGCAGCAUCAUCCCUACCCCAGGGUCUGGGUUUUGUGUGAAGGUUUUGUAGCCAAAGGCAUUAAACGCUGAGCUUGAAGGAAAA